AUGCAGGGCCCUUCGAUCAUCCACCGCGCCCUUGGAGGACCCUUCUAUUACUCGGCUCUCGUGACUGCUCCGCCGAUGAUGCUGCCCCCGUCCGCAGCGUCUCAGGUCAUGCACUUCGCGCGUCCGCUCCUGACCACUCGGAGUCACCCUCCGUCGCCUUCCUCUUCCCCGCUUUCCCCGGCACUCGCCUCCGCCGCCGCCGCUCUUCCAUCGCCACCGCCGCCACGUCACCCUCGCCCGCCUGCAGCCGCCGAGGACACCUCGGCCGGGAAGAGACCCUCGUUCAGCAUCGAGGCAAUCCUCGCUCGCUCGUCCGACUUCGAGUCGAGGAGGGCACCUCGCGACCGCGCGGUCGCGGCGUGGACGAGGCCGGCACAAGCGGGGCCCAACUCGGGCACGCAAGCGCCUGGGUCCGCGGGCUACCUCCGAGGGGUCCCUCCGUCCCCCUUGAUGUACCCCGUUUCCGCGCUGGGAUACUACCCCUGCUCGUGCCACGGCACGGUCCUGCGCGGCCGCGCAGCCGGCCUGAACAAGUGUUCGCCAAGCGGCCACUUGCCCCAACAAUCUGUUCAGGCUCGACUGCGGCGCCUGGUGGCCUUUAGGGAUGCAUGCCCGGCGCACCGCGCGGCUCUGCACGGCCCGUCGGCCCGUGCCCGAGGCAGCAAAUCGAAGCGCCUGAGGACCAUCUUCACGCAGGCGCAGCUGGAGCGCCUCGAGAAGGAGUUCGCGCGCCAGCAGUACAUGGUGGGCACCGAGCGCUACUUCCUCGCCUCGUCGCUCCAUCUCACCGAGGCGCAGGUGAAGGUUUGGUUCCAGAACCGACGCAUCAAGUGGCGCAAGCAGAGCUUCGAGCAGCAGCAGGCGCGCCUCGCCAAGCUGGGUCUGGCCCCGCUGCCCGCCCCGACCCCAGCCCUGGUCUCGGGCCAAAUCCAGAUGGGGACCUCAACUCCGGUAGCCGCCCAGAUCCCCGGGCCCUCGACACACGACGUGGGCAGCGGUAGCGGCAGCAGCAGCGGCGGCGGCAGCGGCAGCGAGAGCGACGCGGAGUCGGAACGGGCGUCGCCGCCACUUACCGGCGCAUCGCCCCGUGAUUGA